CGAUAUAUCGAACAAGAAGCGGAAGUCCUGUGAAGAGAAAACAUUUGUUAGAAGUUAGUUAGUUAGCUAGCUAGCUAGCUGGUAUCAACUUAUUUCACAACAGAAAAGGCGGAAAAUUGCUGAUUUACUGGAAGAUUAAUUUGGCUUUGCACUUUGAUUAGUUAGUCCUUUUGGACUAACUGCAGUUUAUUUGCAGAGGACAAAGCAAAAGGCAGCCGGGAUGGAUCCAGCUCUGCUUAGAGAGCGUGAGCUGUUCCAAAAGAGAGCUCUUUCCACUCCUGCUGUAGAAAAGCGGCCAGCCGCAUCAGAAUCUGGUUCUCACAAGAAGAAGAAACCCAAAGUAGAUAAGGAGAGCUCCUCUGGAUCCAAAAACAGCUCUGAAUCUGCAAAUGGAAGCAUUAACAGCAAGGCAAGCGCUGGGUACAAGUUUGGCUGCCUGGCCAAGAUUGUCAACUACAUGAAGACGAGGCAUCAGAAUGGUGACACCCACUUCCUGACCCUUGAUGAAAUACUGGAUGAGACCAAACUUCUUGACAUCAGUCUGAAACAGAAACAAUGGCUAAUGACUGAGGCCUUGGUCAGCAACCCAAAAAUUGAGGUUCGUGAUGGAACUUAUGGCUUUAAGCCCAAAUACAACCUGAAGGACAAGAAAGCUUUACUGAGGCUGCUGGACAAACACGACCAGCUGGGCCUGGGAGGAGUGCUGCUGGACGAUGUGGAAGAGGGACUCCCUAAUUCUGCUAAGGCUAUCAAGGCUUUGGGGGAUCAGAUUGUAUUUGUAACAAGACCAGACAAGAAAAAGAUCUUGUUCUACAACGACAAGCAUUGCCAGUUUGUAGUAGAUGAAGAAUUUCAGAAGCUGUGGAGGAGUGUACCAGUGGACUCCAUAGAUGAAGAGAAAAUUGAAGAGUACUUGAAAAAACAGGGCAUUUCUUCCAUGCAAGAGACUGGACCAAAGAAAGUGAUGCCAGUUCAAAAGAGAAAGAAGCAAAGUGGGCAGAGGAAGAGACAAUUCAAAACCCAUAACAACCAUCUGGCAGGAGUUCUGGAGGACUACACGGAUGGUGUGCCUGCAAAGAAGUGAAACCGCAAACUAUAAUCCGAGGUGGCAGCAGAUGAAGCCCCUGGCUAUACAAUACAGACUUUGUUGCGGUUCUGUCAAAAAAAAAAAAGAGAGAAAAAAAACAACCUAGCAUGUUCAUUUAUUUUCAUUCCCUCCAGGGAUCAGUAGACAUUACAUGGAGCCAAUAGCAGCAGUGUUGUGGAAUGCUUUUUAGAGUCACUGGUCAAUCAAACCUCAAGGACGUUUUGGGAAGAGUACCGAGAUCUGUAAGCACAUGAAAGCUGGACAGAAGUGGGCACAUCAUACUUACAGAUAAAAUGUAAAUGCGGUUAAUAUGUGUUAAUAUUACUCUGACUAUUUUUAGUUGAAAGCAAAGAUGUGUUUUGAAAGGUGCAAUUUGAGUAAAGAGAUGUUCUGAUGUUAACCAGAUGUGUGGAAGACCCAGCAUAAAAACAUCUCCAUCUUUUCUAAAACCAUGGUUCUGCUUUUACUUUGCAGAACCAUGGCACAGUGGUUCAGAAUACAAGACUUUUGGAUUUAUUUUAAUAAAUUUCAUUGUUUCACAAUACGGUUUCAAAUCUCUAACAAUAAUUGGUCAGUACUUAAAGUCCAUCUCCCAAAACUUGAGGGAAAAUAUUUUUUUUUUUCAAUCUUAGAAAAGAAUAAACAAGCAAAGGGAAAUGACUAAUCUACAGUUACAGAGUAGAAAAUACCAAAAGGGCACUAUUCUUGGUGUUUAAUAACUAUAUACAUUUGUUACCUUCAAACAAAGCAAUUUAAUUUAUUUAAACAGUUUACUGUUACAUUUUAACUGGUCAUGUGGCUUGCUUUAAUUGUUUUCUUCAAAUGGUGGUAAUUUGGCAAAAUCUUCAUCAGGAAGUCAAGUUGGAGGGUCUGCGGCUGUAAUGACAAUAAAACAUUUUAAUGAAGAGCAUAAACAUGGCAAAAACAAAAUCCUAGAAAUGUAGGUAGGCUGGGCGCUCCUGGAUAGCUUCAUCACUGUUGUACAUUUUCUCCAAUUGCAAAUAAUGGCUCAUUGUAGUUUCCUGGAGGCCCAACAAAUGUCAAACACUUAAAUUUUCUUAGAGACAAGAUGUGUUGUUCUUGACACAUUUUAGCCCAUUUCAUUUUGCCAAAUGGGUUCUAUUUAAGUGGUUUCUUGAUUUGAGAGAAUAAACGGUAAUCAGGGAGAUGUGGCAAGCGUAGAUAAUUCAUAAUUAAUCAAUGGAUGCAAUUAUAUCUUCACAUGGGAGUAGGUUGGUUUGGAUUGUCUUUUUUCCUAAAUAAAAACUACCUUUAAUAUUCAUA